AUGUCAAAGAAAAUUUGCACAGAUCUGAUUUUGAAAUUAAAUCUAACAUCAACAGAACAAGAAACAUUAGGAAGGGAGGAGCAGUAAGUCUUAUAUAGGAUUGAAAAAGUUAUGCAAUCAUAUAUUUUGCAUUUAGAAUGGCAAAAUAUAAUAGAAAUCGAUAACUUGGAACUGUAUUCCCACAUAAAAUAUCUUCAUCUGCAGUACAAUUUAAUUGAAAAAAUUCAGAAUCUAGAGUUCAUGAUAAACUUGGAGUUUCUGACUUUAGAAGGAAACAAAAUCACUUAUAUCCAAGGUCUAAAAACACUGAAAAAUUUGCUAUAUCUCAAUUUAGCAAAUAAUCAAAUUAUUUUGCUGAGCACUGAAGAAAUUCCUAACGACAUUUCUAUAUUAAAACUGAAUGGAAAUCCUUGUGCUUCGGAAUCCGAGUAUAGAGAAACUUUAAUAAAAGCUUUGCCUUACCUUGAUGAGCUUGAUGGGAGUGCUGUGAGACCUGAAGAAAGAUUGAGGAUUUUAGGACUAGAGUAAGGCAUAUUUAGAGUCCCAAAAUAUGCUCCAAUUGAAAAUGAGCAGUUUGAUGAGACUGAAGAAGAAUUCAGAAUUUCUAGUGAAAAUCUUGAUACAAUUGAAAAACCGGAUCAUGGAGAAAUUGAAAAAUUCAUGACUGAAGAUGAAGACUUACAGUUAAGCAAAAUCACUGAAAAAGCAUGGGAAAUUGUGCAGAGAUCUAAAGAAAGAGUCAAUAAGUUGCUAGAUGACAAAGUAAGGGUCUUGACAGCAAUAAGUGAAGAAAAUGAAAAAAUGAGCAAAGAGAAUGAAAAAAUAAGUGAAUAA